AUGCCCCCGGUCCGGAUCCUCCAAGCCAACCUCAACCACUCGGCCAGGGAGCAGGACUUAUUUAUCCACUGCCUGGCCGAGUUAGGUGUGGGGUUGGCGGUCGCCGCGGAGCCAUACCGCGUCGCCGAUCGCCCGAAGUGGGUGGCCGACGCGUUGGGCUCCGUGGUGAUAGUUGGCAGCGACAUUGCGGCCCUCCGCGUGUUCGCCCGCGGCGACGGGUUCGUCGGGGCGGAGUGCGGCGGCAUGACCCUGAUCGGGGUCUACGCCCCUCUGAGUGCCCCCCUCACGGCGUUCGAGUGGCUGCCGGGCGGGAUCCGGGACGCAUUGCCCCGCUCUCCAGUAGCCCGAACGCUCGUGCUGGGCGACUUCAACGCCAAGUCCACGGCGUGGGGUGGCCCGGCAACGGACGCGAGGGGUCGGGCGGUACUGGAGUGGGCGGCGAGCGCGGACCUCCGGCUGCUUAACCGGGGGUCCGUGAGCACGUGCGUGCGGUGGCAGGGCGAGUCAAUCGUCGACUUGUCGUGGGCGACGCCUGCCGCCUCGCGUCUCGUGUCGGGAUGGGGGGUAGCGGAGGAGGUGGAGUCCCUUAGUGACCACCUCUACAUCCUUAUGGAUGUCUCCGCUGCCCCUCAGUACCAUCCCGCUCGCGGAUCCGCACCGGGCCGACCGCCGCGCAGAUGGGCGCUGAAGCGCUUGGAGAAGGACGCCCUGAUGGCAGCCGCCCUCGCCGCGUCCUGGCCGGAUGCCCCGGCUGGACCGGUCGCGGACGUCGAUCGGGAAGCUGACUGGUUUCGGGAGUCAUUGACGGCAGCGUGCGACGCCGCCAUGCCCCGAGCCAAGAAGCUACCGAGGCGGGCCGCAUACUGGUGGAGCGACGGGAUUGCCGCGUUGCGUGCUACAUGCAGCGCGGCGCGACGUCGCUUCACGAGGGCCCGCCGGAGACGGAACCGCAACCCGGCGAGGGAGGCGGCGCUGUAUGAGGUCUACCGAGAGGCCACGGUGGACCUCCAGCGCGCCAUCAGGAGGGCCAAGGCGAGCGCCUGGGGAGAGCUCCUCGGGACUCUGAACAAGGAUCCAUGGGGGCGGCCCUACCGCAUUGUGCUGUGCCGCAUGCGCCCGGCCGCCCCCCCUGUCACGGAGUCCCUCGACCCCCCCCGUUCUGGAGCGUGUCGUGGAUACCCUCUUUCCGGUAGAUCCGGAGGAGGGUCCGCGGCCGCUCCUGCCAGCGGAGGCCAGUAA